CUUUACUUGCAGAAGCUGCCCACCGCACUGACACACAGUGCGACGAACACGAAGCGCUCGCCGGUGAUCCCAAAGCCGGUGGCUGUCGUUCCCCUGAUUCCGAAUCACUUCCUUUUCUAGCAUAUAUCCAAAUUUGUAUAAGGAACUCCAAAUGCAAGUUCUGUGACCUUCUUUCUGGGCCUAGUCCUCCCAAUAAACCCUCUCACGAACGAAACCCGAAACUGACAACCAGAAGGUAUAGCCGGGGCCUGGUUCCAUUGGCUGGUGUAUGAUGGGAUUUUGCAUAUGCCCGUUGGAGACUCCGGCCAGGUUGCUCUGGACCACAAGCUUCUUCCGCCAUAAGCUAAUGAUCUUUUAGGUAAAUACUGUAAAACCAAAUCGACUGAUACAUAAAUUAUAGACAAACAAGACAAAGCAAGUCUCUAGUAAUUUUGUCCCCAUAUCUCGCGGUUGUCGACGACGGUUUCGGUGGAGAUAUCUCACCCUCGGGAGAACAGAUUAGAAAUCAGAACUAUGGAGUCCGGCAGUCUUUUCUUCGAGUCUUCCGCUUGCCGCGGGACGAUGCUGUUCCUCCGAAAUGGUGACAUCAGAUUUGGAGGAAGUUCGAUGAUGAGCUCGGAUGAAACCUCAAAGAAACGACCUUUCUUCAGCUCACCGGAGGAACUGUUAGACGAGGAAUAUUAUGAUGAGCAGCUGCCAGAGAAGAAGCGUCGUCUCACUCCCGAGCAGGUUCAUCUGUUGGAGAAAAGCUUUGAGGCAGAGAACAAACUGGAGCCAGUAAGGAAGAGCCAGUUGGCCACUAAGCUGGGAUUGCAGCCAAGGCAGGUCGCCGUUUGGUUUCAGAACCGCAGGGCUCGUUGGAAGACCAAGCAACUUGAAAGGGAUUUUGAUACUCUCAAGUCUUCCUACGACUCGCUCCUUUUAAAAUACGAAUUCACUGCGAAGGAGAAUGAAAAGCUUAAAUCUGAGGUGGUAUCACUGAAUGAGAAGCUUCAAGCAAAGGAUGAGCCUGGAGGACCAAUAUUUAAUCAAAAAAUUGACCCUCUUCCAGCGGAUACGGAUCAAUUUUCAGCGCUACCAUUCAGCAUGAGGGUGGAGGAUCGACUGAGCACGGGGAGUGGUGGAAGCGCAGUUGUGGACAGGGAUAGCUCACAGCUUGUUGUGGACAGUGUUGAUUCAUACUUUCCUGCUGACAGUUAUACUGGAUACAUUGCCUGUGUCAAUGGGGUUCAAUCGGAGGACGAUGAUGGGAGUGAUGAUGGACGGAGCUACUUCUCAGAUGCGUUUGUGGCCUCUGAAUUACAUGCCCAAAACCACGAGCCUGGCGACGCAUUGGGUUGGUGGGUGUGGUCUUAAAAACUACUUAUCGGAGACAAUAACAUGUGGUGUCUAUUUACCAAAUUAACCCCCCCAAAAAAAAAAGGCUGUAAUUUGCCGUAGUUGUGUGUUUACUUGAGUUGCUUGAUCGAGAAGAUUUGUAUUGUAGGGGAAAGAAUAGCAAAACUUCCGGUUUGGUAGAGUAGAUUCCGGGGAGAGGAACCUCUCCAUUUCUUUCUUUUUAUUAUGAAUGGUUGAGAUGGGGGAAGUGGAGAGAAAAAAAUGAAGAGAUCCUCCACCCAUUCUGGAGCUGGGAGACGAUGGGUCUAAGUAGAGUUUAAUAAAUAAUGCUCGGUAAUGUAGUCAAUACUCAGUAUGUCAAGUGUUGUACUUGUACAAGGCCAAUAAAGAUAUCCAUGUAUCUGGACCUAGUUCGUGACUUUAAUGCUAUAAAGUUCCGGCCGCAUUGUGUUUUAGUUGAA